AUGGGAGGUGGUUCGGCGGGUCAGUCCUCAGAUGAGGACGGCCUGCCAGCUCCGAAGCUGCCGACCGGGAGGAGAGGUCGGCAGACAUCGAGGGGAGCGAGUGCUUCGCGGCCGCGGAGGGACGCACAGGGCAGGUUUGUGCGUUCCAGUGCCCAGGCGGCCAGCGAAGCGGAGAGCGACGUGGGGGUCACCACGGAGGACCCUGGCGGCGAGAGCGGUGCUUCGCUGGGGAGCUCGAAGGCGGAGCUCAACGCCGCCAGAAGGGAGCAGCGCAAAGCCGUCGCGGCCGACGAAGUGUCGGCGAUGGCAGAGCGCGCGCGUGAGCGACGCGCUGCUCUCAGCGGCCGAAGGGGGCGAGCCAUCCGCGGCGGCCCUGAGCCAGCUGGCCUUGGACGGGGUGGACUUGGUCCUGAAGGACGGCCUCAGACGAGGUCGCGAAGUUGCAGGAGGAGAACGGCCGCCUCCGUGCCGACCUGGAGGACUCCGGCGGCAAGUCGCUGCGCUGAGCGAGCAGCAACAGCGACGCACGCCGCCCACUGUCGCCGCACCGGUGGUGGCCCCGUCUCCCGCACCGAGACCGGCAAGCGCUCGUUCCGACGACGAGGUCGAGCGCAUAGUCCGGCUCUGCAUGCUCCAGUGCGGGAGCAUGGUCAAUGCCCGCAUAGAGGCGGUGUCUCGGCGCCUCCCCCCGGAAACCCUCCGUCCGCCCCUAGCGGCCGACGCAAGACGGAGGACGGAGGAGCCGCCGAGGCCUGCGCCUCGCCAGGGGAAGCCCACGGGGGCGUCAAAAAGCCCGGCGAGGGAGCCCCGCCAAGUGCUAAGCCCACGACGGCCGGCUCUAAGGGUGAGAGCUGGGCGACAGUCGUGGGCCGCAAGAAGGCCCGCAAAGCCGCAAAGGCGGACUCCGCAGCAGCGCGCGCCCCAGGCCCUACGGCAAAGGCGGCUGCGCAGCCUGCGCGACGGACUGCCAAAGGCGGUCGCAAAGGACCGGCGGUGCGUGCCCCGCGUUCCGAGGCCGUGACGCUGACGCUGCAGCCCGGGGCUGCGGAGCGCGGCGUUACGUACCAGUCGGUCAUUGCCGAGGCCAAGGCCAAGAUCAAAUUGUCAGAUCUUGGCCUCCAGUCCGUCACCGUCAGGCAGACCGUCACGGGUGCGCGGCUGUUCGAGGGUGGCCGGUGCUGCGAGCGGCAGCGCCGAAAAGGCGGACGCUCUGGCCGCCAAAAUGAGGGAGGUCCUCAACCCCGAGGACGUCCGGGUCUCCAGACCGGUGAAAACCGCAGAGGUGCGGAUCACCGGUCUGGACGAUUCCGUGACCCCGAGGAAGUGGUGGCGGCCGUUGCCCGCAGUGGAGAGUGUCCCCGGAUAGGGUGCGGGCCGGCGACAUACGCACCGACGCCACCGGACUCGGCGCAGUCUGGGUUCGGUGCCCCUGUGGCGUCGGCGAAAAAGAUCGGCCUUAGCUGGCGAAGUGAAGGUGGGCUGGGUUGCAGCGAGGGUAAAACUCCUGCAACCCCGGGCUUUGAGGUGCUUCCGGUGUCUGGAAAAGGGGCACGUCCGGGGCAAAGUGGCACCUCCGCAGCAGACCGUAGCGGUCUCUGCUAUCGCUGCGGUCAGCCCGGUCACAAGGCGGCCCAGUGUUCCGCCGCGCUAAACUGCUGCCUGUGUUCGGCCGCGGGGAAAGCCGGCGGGACACAGAUUGGGCGGGGGAGCCUGUGGCAUGCCCACCAGCACUGCCAAAAAGGCAGGGAAGAGGAGCUCCAAGCCUGCCGGGGUAACCUCGCAGCCCCGCAGGCUGGUAGCUCCGCGACCGACUCCCGGUCCGGGACUGGUUGCCGGGGGAAUGGAUUGUCAAUAAUGGCGCAAUUCCAUUUCCUCCAGGGCAACAUCAAUCACUCUGCCAGAGCUCAGGAUCUUCUACUCCAGACUAUGGCAGAGUGGUCGAUCGACGUGGCUGUGGUCGCCGAGCCGUACUUCGUCCCCGCCCGUGACAACUGGUUGGGGUGCGCUGACGGUUUGGUGGCCAUUAUUGGCGGGACUCUGAUCGACCCGUCCAGGGGCCGCGGCUGGAGUCUCGCCGACUUCGAGGGUUUCCUUGUCGAGUUGGGCGCCGUCGUGAACCGCUACCACCCUCGUCCCGUUCUGGUGCUCGGGGAUCUCAACGCCAAGUCAUCGGCGUGGGGAUCUCCGGUCACUGACUCUCGGGGCGAGGCGUUGGAAGAGUGGGCGGUGACGACCGGUCUGGUCGUCCUGAAUCGGGGUUCGGAAUACACGUGCGUGCGGCAGCGGGGCGGGUCGAUUGUGGACGUCUCGUUCGCAAGCCCCUCUGUCGCCGGCCGAGUCCGCGACUGGCGUGUCGCCGUGGAGGUGGAGACGUUAUCGGACCAUCGUUAUAUCCGGUUCGACGUCUCCGCCCAGACCGCGAGCGGCCGCCAUCCAACAACCCCGAUCAACGACGGCCCCCGAUGGGCGCUCAAGCGCAUCGACAGGGAACUACUCGAGGAAGCUGCCUUAGUCCAGUCCUGGAUCUGGGAGUCGGCGACGGACGGCCCCGUCGACGUCGAAGCGGUGGCGCUGUGGUUUCGCGGGGCGAUGACGCAGAUUUGCGACGCGUCCAUGCCCCGUGUAAGCCAACAGUCCGCAAGGCGCCGGGUGUACUGGUGGACCGACGAGAUCGCGCGGCUGCGCGUUGAGUGCGUCGCAGCUCGCCGCCGGUACACUCGAUACCGGAGACGACGUCGACGGGAUCCCGUCGAGGAGGGCGCGCUGUAUGAGGUGUACCGCGCGUCCAAGGAGACUCUGUGGCUGGCCAUCGGCGACUCGAAGUCGCGUGCCAGGGAGGAGCUGCUGGGGUCCCUGGACCGGGAUCCGUGGGGGCGCCCCUACCGUUGGGUACGGGGCAAGUUGCGUCCCUGGGCGCCCCCAGUGGUCCAGGGCAUGCAGCCCCAGUUGCUAGAGGCGGUGGUGUCGGCCCUCUUCCCUGAGCGGACGGGACACGUUCCCCCGGCGAUGGCUUCACCCUCAGCCACAGACUCUCCUGAUGAGGAGAGCACCGAUGUCCCCGAGGUGACGCAAGAAGAGACGAGAGCAGCCGUGUCGCGACUCCGGGCGAAAAACACGGCGCCCGGACCCGACGGAGUUCCCGUCGUGCUCUCGUCUUAG